UGCCCUUAGCAUUAACCUAAUGCUGAUGCUAUACUAACACUACAGGUUACAUUUAGUGUGUGAUGUUCACACAGCAAGUCACAUAACCAGACACUGUUACGGGCAGGCUAACUACACAUGAAAUGUCCCACAUUGUGAACAUGUGACCGAAACUAUUGCACAUUUCGUCUCGUCAAAUGAAAAAUGGCAUUCGUCUUGUUAUGUUUUAGUCUCCCAAAACACCUUUUUAGCUUGUCAUCUUCAUGAAAAAAGUGUUCAUUUAUGAAAUAUUUUCGUUAUCGACAUCGUUUACGAAAACAAAACUGCUCGAAAGCGCAGAUUUGAACCUAUCUUCCAAUUUUUAUUUGGCAUCGAUAGACCUAAAAAAAACGGAGAAAUGAUGGUUUUAAUUUUGUGGUGGUAAAAGUUGUUUUUGGCAGCCCUUUUCAUUUUUGUUUCAGUCUUUUGGAUGAAAAUACUUAUUAGUCUUACCCCGAUAAUAUACCAGAUGCGUCAGCGGCGUGUUAACAUCGUCAACGCACCACUGACGAUCGUCCCCAAUGGAUGUGUUUUAUGAGUAGAGUUUGUGUUGCCUGGUACACCAGACUCACCGCUGUUCCAGCUAUUGAGUCUGGCCACCAUUCAGCGGAUACAAUUUCCAGGGCGGAGCAAGCCACAGCAAACAGACAGCGGAGUGUACCAAUCAGCGACGGGCAGACACGACGUUAGUAAAACGACGAGGGCAGGACGAGGGACUUGCGCGCGGAAGUAAACAUACGAGGAGAGCGGAGUUUAUUCAACAUGGCUAGCGCGAGACAGACUGUUGUCAAUGACUCGUGUCGAUGUGUUUUUGGUAAUUUAAAACUGAUUUUACCGUGGAUUGGAACAUAUUCUCGGCUCUCCUGUUCACCAUCUGUGUUGUUGUGGAGACGACUUUCGACGCGCAAGAGUGACGUUGCUCGUUAAGAACACGUCACGCAAAUAAACGAAUCUGAUUUGUCGAUUGAUUUUGUACCUGCUCGAGAGGCCGUUAAUGGGCUGGUUCCCAGACUUUUCUCUCAGUGUUUGAAAAAUACAGGGAGAACAGUCUGGCCGUGCCAGGCAAGAGUGUGUGUGGAGCGGCUCAAUCUGUUCAUGCGAGGACAAGAUCAUGCGAGUGACCGAGAGUAGAGUGUAUUUAAAGAUCACAACACAACAACCAUUUCUUUCGUUCUGAAAGAAAGACGAAAAAAGUCCUGUGCCAAAGAGAAAAACCAUUGCAGUGACAAAAAUUUUAACAUAUUUUCAAAAUCUCAAUUUUUUUUUCUUAUGAAAGGUUUUAAAAAGCUUUACCUGUAUUGACAAAUGUAAGUUAAAGCGCUAUGCAUAAAUUAAUCAAAUGUAAUUGCAUAUUAUUUUGAAAAUUGACUGGAUCCACUGUGUUUUAACACAAAUGCCUUCCGGUCUACCUCGUUCGACUGACGGUGGAGGGUUGCGUCUCCUGACAAAUAAAAUACUGUGCCGGUCGUUUUGUGUGCGACGCGUUUAACUGCUUCUGGGAUGCGUCUGAUACGCAGCCGCUCUGCAACUGGUGUGCCCUCGCUGCUUGACUUUAACGGUCGCGUUUCACUGCGUUGACCGAGAAGUCUGUGGCGUGCCUGCUAUAUUACCGCGCUUAGCCAUAUUUUGGUCAUUUCAAAAUGUGUUCGUCUUCAUCUAAUUUUAGUCAAUGACUACUCAAUGUUUUCGGCCGUAAAAUUCAAAACUUUCAGUCAAUAAAUAAAUCCAACUAUUUCAAAUUAUAAUUGACAGACGAGGACAUAUUGUAGUGUGUAGUGUGUACAAGGACAACAGCAUCUUUAUGAUCAUUCACAAUCGGCAGGAACACCGUUCUUUAUUUUCAAAUAAUUAAACACACUUGGAUGCCACAAACAUUAUGUAAAAAAAAAAAAAAAAAAAAAGAUGUCCGAGAGUUUAAGACGAUGUUCGCCACCCUACAUGUUAAAGCUAACGGGAAUGCUAUGCUAUCGCCACGAGUUACAUUUAGUGUGUGAAGCAAAACUGCAUACUCUCUCUUGCCAAGAUAAACACAUAUUUGAUUGGCUGAUGACUUGACUUGAAUACACACACGCACUCACAGCCCCGACAGAAAUACAUACAACAUGUCGAUAACAUGCCACCUCCUCCGCCCCGUUCGAAGAGGAAGGAUAGUAGAAGUUUUUUGGGCCAGCAACAGCCACUGUCGGUAAUGUCAACAGACAUCAAUGUUGUGGGGGUGAGAAACACACCGCUAGUUUUGCUAGUGAAAGUCCGACUCACAUCAGAGUUAGCAUGAUGUUAAACUGUGUGAAUUUGCUAACCUGCAAAACUCGAGUAGGAAGCUGCUUAAAGAGACGUGUCUUCCUAUAUGUGUUUUCUACUGUUUUUAUUUUUUUGGGUUGUUCUUUUGUGUGUUUUCUACUGUUACCGUUAAUUAAUCGGUGAGAAAUGAACCAAGGUUUACCCCUUUUUAAAGCAGCCCAGGGGAGCUUUCAUUUUUUGUUGGACAAAAUCAGUAGUGUUUUACCUGAAGGAAUGCUCCAUUUUCAGUUAUUUUUGUUAUUCCCAGACUAAGAGGAUUUUUCAGUUUUACAUAUUUCUUUAUUUAGACACACGAGUUUUCAAAAAGCAAAUGUUUAUUCUUUGCAUUCCUAGAUUGUUAAGAGAUUAUUAACAAGUUUGUGUUUAAAUAUUUUUUUUAUAUACACAAUAAAGGGAAACUCAGACUUAAAGACUUGUAGGCUCUAAUAGGUCACAAUUGUUCUCUUUUACUAAAAUAUUUUAUUAGAAACACAUAACACAUUGCCAUUGAUUUAAAACCUAUGUUAUUUAGUACAUAUUUUGACCUACAAAGGGCGCCAUGUUUUAUGCGUGCAAUGGACGCUCGGGGUGGUGACAUAGUUUGUCACUGUCAUUAGACGAACACUAUCGGUGUACUGCAAUUCAUUCUACGUGCCGAGACGUCAAACACAUGAGCACAUCGGUUAAAAACGGCAAGUACUUACUAUUUGGGUUUUUAUUGAAUCCUUUAUUACCUUUUCAUUGCACAAAAUACUUUUUGUAUGUGUUUAUUGUAGUAGCUUUAAAGCAUAUUGUUGAUCUGUAGACCACAUUAGUCACGUCACGUAUUUAAACCACCCUUAUUUGAUAUUAUUAUGUUUAAGUACUUUCUUUAGACAUCUUUAGUAUGUUCUGUCCGUAUGCAUCUAAACAAAACUAGCUGAAAGCGCACGGUAGUACUUUGGGUGUCAAAUUUGCCACUUGUAGCACGUUUCGCCGGUCUAGCACAUUUUGGCAGAACACCGUUUUUUUCUCCUUGUCUCGUAUCGUCUCAUCCCGUCUUUCCUGUUCAUUUUUCUUUUGCUGCUCGUUCAGUGAAAUAUCAACAGUGCUGUCAUUCUCAUUAAUAUUCCUCUCGGGUUCAAAUUGAAAGGGUUGAAAAGAUGACAUGUUUAUGUCGCUAGAGUCAUACUUUGGAAGCCUGGCAGCGUAACCAUGUGACGUCACCGCGCUGCGAUGUCAACAACAAGGGUGGAUUAGUUAAACUAAUCUUACAAAUUGUAUAAAAUCGAAAACAUCAAGAGGGGUUUUCAUAUCAAAUUAAUUUAACUCAUAAUAACGUUUAUCAUUAAAAAACUACAACUCUUUCUAUCCGUGGAUCCCUUUAAAUUAUGUUCAAAUAUUGCAAUUUUGCUAAUAAAAUGCUGACAUUAAUUCUGGAAGUUUUCAAAAUGCGUCUUUAGUAGUUUUUGAAAACAAAGGUUUAAAUCAAACGGUGUGUAACCUGAACCAUUACAUAUGAAAGUUAAUAUAAGUCAAUACAGAUUUAUUUGGCAUUGAUCAUUUAGCCUAUAAAUUUCUUAGUUUAAAGUGAACAUACAGUUUAUGCUGUUAUAUUGUCCCUACGAAUGUUGAGACCAAAGUUACGCCCUUACUGAUAUGGCAAUUCUAUCAUCAUCAGUAAAACUAUUAUAGUGCCUGUCUAUGACUAAUGUUUCAAGCAUAUAUACCUGGUUUAGCUCAAUAAAGUGCUCUUGGCAAUAAAUAGUCCGACAGUGAAACCUAAUAGCAGCAAUUGUGGCAUCGAAAUGUGGAGGAACCUGAUAUCAAUCUAAACGCUUAAACGCUUUGGCAUGUUGCAAACAGACUUCCUGGGUUUUGCUUUGUUCUACUUUAUUUGGACACCGUUGAAUUCCUGUCAUGCCACAUGUCAACUCUGGUUGAUUGCCAGCACAUGACCGAAUGUCAGGAAACUGAUUGGCUAAGCACAAGACAGUUCUAGACGACAUGCCCCACCCUUUUUUCAGCUUCAGUGGAGGCAGGACGCACCGCCACAGAGAUGGAUUGACACCCAAACACAGUUGACCUCGACGGGCCAUGUCCAACUCUGUGUGCACUUGAGAUCCUUCCACAAUUUGAUGAACUGUCCCCAGCCUCUUCCUUCACUGCGUGAUGUCGACAGGCGACACUUGGCAUGAUGACCUUGCCUUGGCACCAUUGAGCAAUAAGGCCAGCACUGGAAGCUAUGAUAGUGUGAUCACCUUGAACUCUGUCUGUAGCGAGGACAGCAUGGAGCACUUAUCUGCUGAGGAGAGGGCGUGCAUCAUGUAUCUGGAGCAGACCAUUGAAGCACUUGAGGUGCAGGAGGACAGUGGACUAUCCAAUGAUGAACCAGACUCAGGAAGUCUUCUGAAGAAGAUGGGUCUGAAUUCAAUCAAUGAUACUUCCGCUUUUGACUUUGAGUCUGGAAUGGAAAAGCGACCUGAGACCUUGCCUGCAGUUCCAGUUGGCUUUCCAUUGAAGGAGUCUGACUAUAUAACAUUAACAAAAGAAAACAGAGCUGAGGAUCAUCUUUUAAAUCAAACCUAUGAACCAAACCACACCGUUGCCCCUGAAGCCAGCACAGAUGGUCUUACAACUUCAACAACUUCAAAAUUCAUAUCACGACCCCACUUUCAGGUUACCGAUUCAGUCACUGAUAGCAACAUUCCACUCGAUACAAAGGGACUGUGUUCAUCCACCAUUGGAGACUCUUCAUCACUGACACUCCCUUCAGUCCCUGACAAUCCCUACGCUCUUGACAUGGAUGUAGGUCUGAUUCCCCCUCCGUCUGACUUUAUGGAUGAUCCGGUACCUGAUUCAAAGUUUACGGAUCUUGGUCCGGAGUUUGUUCUAGAGAAUGAUCCAAAGCCUAACAGUGUCAAAGCCCCUUUUCACUCCAAGUACAGCAUACCAGUCUCUGCUGACCUGAAGGGAUUUUACCAGAAUGCCUUAAAGAAGAAUCCUUCAGUUAGCCCCUCUACAAACCAAAGACAUCCAGACAAGCUUCCAAUCAUCACACGUCCGAGUCUCCCUGCUUUGGAGCCUGUUCUACCUGUGAUCCUUCAUCCUGACUCAACAGAGCUCAAGAUUCCACCCUUUGUGGCUCCUAAACCAAAAAGAUCUUCAAUCAAGAUGCCAUACCACAUGCAAACAUCAGAACCUAAUUCACCCAUUGGUAAUGGUGACCGCCAACUAUCAGACCAAGACAUAGUCCACAUUCAGGCCCUUCAGAAGCUUGGCCUGCUUAAAGAUUUGAAUAAAGAUUUGGACCCUACCCUGAAUCAUAAGCUUUCACCACAAACUCGAAAGUCAUGGGCAGAUCUACCAUCCGCAUGCAGUCCGUCACUUCUACGUCCAUCCAAUCGAAAAUCAUCAUUUAUUGCAUCAAGUCAUGCAUCACUAGGCUCCCCCUCAACUACCUCAGCUCCCUCUUCAUUCACUGAGCGAUCCAGACAUCGCUUGUCACAUCGUGAAACAUAUCCCACGAACGAUGUUUUAACAAGUUCAACUCAUACUCAGGUGAAAUCCCCUCGUCUCACGUCUUCGGAUCUAAUCAGACAGUUAAAAAAAGUCCCAGGUGCCCAGUCAGGUGCUGUGGAGCACUCCGACCUCCAAUUAAGCCAGCCGACAGCUCAUCAAGACAGAAAUAGCGUUGAGCGGUACCUUAGUCAUGCCGACAGCCAUGGCUUUCGGAGACGGUCUUCCUACAACUCUGCCUUGCAGCACCCAGGGGGCGCUAACAAUCUCCGGCGGUCACAUGGCAUUAGUGUGCUGAUAAGCCCUCGGGAUGAAAAUGGAGUGGACCCAGAAGCCCUGAAGAAACUCGGGACUAAACAAACCCUACAUCCCUCUUAAAUUACCAUGGAGUCUACACAAAAUGGCCUGUAAAUAAACACAGACAUCAUGUCAAAAGCUGCAGCGAGCUUAUGUAUUUGCCAGAAGAUGGCGUGAGCUUAUCGACGCCCGGACAUUGCAAUCUGUAUGGACAUGUUAAUAUCUACUUACAGUACCUUAUCACCUCAUAAGUCUUUGUGGCCAUACUUAUUCUAGAAUCUGCUAUUUUGGUUGUAAACAUGCACACUAUUGCCUAUAUUAAAACUGCCAGGGAUUUCAUAUGUAUAGGCACUUUCACACUGUACGAACCAUCUGCAGAUCCUAUACCUUUUUUGGGGCCGAUGAUGUCAUUUGCUGUAGUACUACUACUCUUAGAUAGGAUCUUUCCCGUAGGGCUGCAGGACCUCUAUUGUUUGGUGAUUCGCUGAAAUCAGAUGCUACACCCCUUGCCAUAUUUGCACAUGUCAAGAAUCCCCCAUAUUGAAAAAAAACAACCAAAAAAAACAGCCUUGUAUAUAUGUAUACAGUAAACACUUUUAAUAUAUUAUAACUACACGUCGCCUCCUUUUUAUCUUCUGUCUGCUCUCCUUUCUCCUCCAUGAAACGAAAAAAUGUCGCUUGCCUUCCAAUCUGAUCCGUCAUAGUACUAAGCCUGUGUGCGGUUCCAGUUUCAUCGUUAGAUCAGGGGCGUCACUAGAAAGUCAGAAAUAGCACUUUAAACUAUAUAUAAUCAAACCAAACUACAUGUUUCUGUAAAAAAAAAAAAAAAAAAAAAAAGAGUUGUAUUUAUUUUUCAGCCAUCAGUAUUCAAAAUCACUAUUGGAACAUCCCCUGUCAAAAGUCAAUUCACCUUUGCUCAUGCUCAACUUCCUUCUCUCCUUCACCUCUUCCUGCACUCUGCUGCUGUAGUUUGUCUGAAAAGAAAUGGGGUUAUAUCACUGAAAGUGUUUUGCAAUUAAUCAGCGUUUCUGAACUGCUAGAUUGUGACCUAAAAGUGGUUAAUGUUGCUUAGGUGGGUUACCUAGCCUACCUUUCUCAUUCCUCCUUGCUGAUUUAUCCUUGCUGCGAGCAAUUAGCUUUCUAAUAUCCAUUUGUAAGAGUAAUGCUGUCUAAAUCAAAUAGAAAUAAAGAAAUAAUACAUCUUGUUACAAAUUACAGGGACUGCAGUAGCAAAUAAAAUGCUUGUAAAACAUCUGAAAAUCAAGAUGAGCACACUUACAAAAUUGUUCGAGGUUAUAUCCCAAAAACAGACAAUUAAUUGCAGAUUACAUACAGAUUAAUUUUAUUAAUUUGGGUCAUAUAAAUAAACAGCAAUAAAUAGCAUCAGUAUUUAUACCGUUCAAAUAGCACAUAUCAUAUUAACACAGAAUUAGACAACGCUCUCGAGUGAGAGCCUCUCACUCAAAUUGCAUUUAAUUGUCAUUCUAUUCAUAGCCAGCUAGCUAAAAUACGGCAGCUACUACUUCAAUUUGCGACCAGAGUUGUUUAACGCGGUUAACUACCCGAUACGUUAAGAGUAAUGUUGAACCAUUUAAAUUCACAGUUCAUGGGAACACAGACAAGCACAGAGGUAAAAACAAACAACAAGGAUAGGCAGUUUAUCUGGCACUAACCUGUAAAGCUGGUGGGGAGGUGUAAUUUGCAACGUCGAUUGUAUGAUUGGCAGUUUGGCACACACACACGAUAAUAUUGAGUCUGCAUUCAUGUGUUGUUCGAGUAAUCGAAAAAUGAUUCUAUAAAAAGCACCUAACAGUCACUCAACUUGUGAUGUAUUGUUGGAGCAUUAAAAUAGGCUACCCUUGUUUGUAGCAAUCACAUUUUUAUCCCACAUUGCGACUUUACAACACAUCACAAAAAUUUUCCAACUUGGAAAAUCAGAUCUCCCGACACACAUGAACGUAUCAUAUCUCCCAAAGGUGCGUCACGGAACUGUCAACUCAUAUACCUGUUACAGCCAAAGUUAUGUGCAUAAAUUUCCAUAUUAAGGAGCCAUGUGCAAAUUGUGGUAUAUGGAGUCAUUAGAGUAAUAAGACCAUACAGUAUUAAAUGGGCGCAUUCUCUAGAUUAUGCUAUGUAGACUGAAAACUCCAAAGACGUUUUUUUUUUUUUUUUUUUUACCGGUGAAAUUUAUACUGGGGCACAGCAGAUCAAUACUGGAGCAUGUGCCCCAGUGAAAUAGUGAAAUAUGUCUGGCGAAACCCAUAUGUUAGAUUCUUAAUGUAGCCGCCAAUGGAAUUACUGUCUCAGUUUAAAGACGAACCCCAAGAAUUUCUAUUAUGUGCAGCAAGAUCAUCAUCAUCAUCAUCUUCCGCUUGUUCCGGGGUCGGGUCACGGGGGCAGCAGCUUUAACAGGGAAGCCCAGACUUUCCUCUCCCCAGCCACUUCAACCAGCUCCUCCAGCGGGAUCCCAAGGCGUUCCCAGGCCAGCCUAGAGACAUAGUCUCUUCAGCGUGUCCUGGGUCGUCCCCGGGGCCUCCCGCCGGUGGGCCAUGCCCGGAACACCUCUCCAGGGAGGCGUCCAGGAGGCAUCCGAACCAGAUGCCCGAGCCACCUCAGCUGGCUCCUCUCAACGUGGAGGAGUAGCGACUCGACGCCGAGUCCUUCCUGGAUGACCGAGCUUCUCAUCCUAUCUCUAAGGG